AUGUCAAAUACCCCUGACUCGGACAUAUCGUCUUUUGCUGAAUGGGAAGCAAAGCAUCCGGCGCAAAGUUUCUCGGAGAGAGAACAGAGUUUACUCGACAUGCAAGAUCCGGCGAGAGUUUGGGGCGAUAGAGAUAGUAGCAACGAUGCUAGGAGUAGCGAUGGACAAUCUGCGAGCGAAGACGAUGGAUUGAGUGGGCAGAAAGGAGGGGUUGUUGAUGGUGGGUUGAAAGGUAGGAGAUUGGAAAUUCCGAGCUCGACACAGGGUACAGAGAGUCAGUUAUUGAGCCAAUAUAUGGAGUACGACGCUCCCGCAUCUAGCCAGCCACGACCUGAGAGUUCAAGGUCCGGCGACGGAGAAGACCAAGAUGAGGAGGACGCUAAUGAUGCGCUAUUGAUCAACGAUUCCAUUCUCUCGACCAUCACGAACUCCCCAAGAACCGCCCAUGAUCUCCUUCAACUCAAGACCAGUGUCCAAGAUUUUGCUGCCGAACACCCGUUUUGGACCCAAGCAACACUCGACGAAGAGGCGGCCCUGGAGUUUGAGAAUGACGUGUUCGAGUUUGCCCAAGCUGCGGGUCUAGGUAUUAAUCUUGCGAAAGUCGAGGUGAUGCGUGCAAUGGGGACAUGGAAAGCUUCAAAGGGGAUCCCGAUUGCUCAGGCUGGUCCCAUCGAGCAAAUCUUUGAGAAGGUGCUGGAGACUAUUGAGGUGGUUACGGAGGCUAUUGGCAGUGGGCAGAAGAAGAGAAAAAGAGAGGAGAAGGCUACCGUGGCGCCCACACCAGUUCUCGUGAAUAGCAUUGAAGCCGAUAAGGAGAUUCAAAUCAAGGAGCCGAAGGCGAAGAGACAGAGACGUAGGGAGAAGAAGCGCAAAAAUGUGGAGGAAACCGCUCUUGCAGUGGAUACCCAGCCUCCUGGAUCUGUUCUGUCGGACACUGUUGAUCAGACCAAAGCCGAGCAAGCAGCUCCUACGAGCCAGAGACGCGGAGGAAAGAAGAAUAGGCAGCCCGAGGAAGUGGGUUUAGCAGCCGUUGAAGUGACCAGUCCGUCUCCUGGCACUGUUACUUCGGCCAAGAAUGUCAAGCAGGACGAGGAGCCACAUGAUCCGAAGAAUCAAAUCCUCCUGGAAGCAGAGAGGAAGAAACUUGAUCAGAAAGUCCCAGCUGUAACAGCGGCAGUAUCGAAGUCCGAGUUGAAAUCUGCGAAGCGUAUCAAAAACGAAAAAAAGAAAGAGAAGAAAAGGAGAGCGAAGCAAGGUCCGACGACCUCUUCUUACUUCACCAAGGUUGAAAUUUCACCAUUGCCACAGGUAGAGAAUGAUCUUCCAACAGAGGGCAAGGAAAAAAUGUCACCUCAGCCCCAAACUGAGAACGCAUCUGCGGAAGAACUCAGUGAAGACAAGGAGGCUGUUGCUGCCGAGAAGAGCAUCGAGAAUGAGGGCCUCGGGCAUUCAACUGUGGCGGACAAGGAAGAGAAAAGGAAGCGCAAGAAGAAGAGGAAUAAGAAUCGUCUUCCCGAUAUCGAGUCUGCUGAUUCCUUGAAAAUCGCUGAGGAACGAGCUGCACGAAAGCUAGGGCGCUCGGAAAAAUCCAAGGAUGUGAACUCGCAGAUUACCAAGCCUGCUGAUGCCAACAUUCAAGGAGUGACUGAACAGUCUGGAAAGAAGAAGCGAGUCCGCAGUAGGAUUAUGAGGGCUGAUCAAGAAGUGAGCAAAGAGGUACUCCAGCCACACACCGAGACACAUCUUGCACCGGCAGAGAAAAUCCAAGAUGUCGAUGUCGUCGAGCGAGUGGCCAUUGAAGCGACUCUUCCAACGGAGAAGACUCCAAAACGAAAGAAGACAUCCGAAACAGAGGUCGAAGUCGAACUUGAACCGGCGACGGCAGAAGCCACAGCUUCCCAGGAAUCCGAGCCCCCGAAGAAGAAAUCUCGAGAUCGUAAGCGAAAAUCCAUCAACAAGCUACUGGAUGCGCAGAUGACUGGUCUCGAAGAGCCUACCACACAGCCUUUGCUUGAGCUCCCUAACGCAAAUUCCGAGAAGAAGCAGAAGCGGGACAAGACAAGAAAGCGAUCUAGCGUUGGCUCGGAAGUCGAUGCCCAAGCUUCGAAGGAGGCGUCAAACUCCAGUCACUCGUAA